UCCUCAUAUGACUGAUCGGGGUGGUGCCGUUGAUGUUAUCAGGCUAUAAAAGUCUGCUACCGGCAACUGUGCGAUUGUGGUGGGGACAUUUGACCACUCCCUCCCUUUCCUCGCGAAUGGAACAUGCCAGAGCGGCGGUUCACUCACUCUUGCGCCUAUCUUUAGACCCACGCUUUCAUUGCGCCUCUGUGGUCCUCUCCAGAUUUCAUUAAAUCACAGUAACGGGCGCUCAUUGUUCAGAUGUCUUGAAAGAUGUUGCGCAACUUUUAUACACUUCUGAUACCUCAAAACUUAAUCAACCUAAUUCGGGAGCUGAACUUGGAGGUUCCUAACAGGAUCAACACAGCGUGAACAUUCUCAUUCGGGAAUGUUUCUUAUUCUUCUCCAAAAAGAAGAGCUGAAGGAGCCCCUCUGUUUAGUAACACCCCAGCACCACCACCAACACCACCAACCAUGGCUCACUGGCUGCUGAACAUAUGGACAUCUUUGUUCCUGCUGGUGCUGUUGGCAGUGACAUUGGGAGAAUCAAAAGCGAUCCAUGUGCCGCUCAACUCCACAAUAUGGCCUCUGUACCCUCACAAGCCCUUGCUGCUGGCGUGGAACGCCCCCACGGAAGAUUGUAAGCCCCGUCACGGUGUGGAUUUCCAGCUUGAGCAGUUCCAGAUUGUGGCGUCCCCCAAUGAGGGCUUCACCCGCCAGAACUUGACCAUCUUCUACAAAGACAGGCUGGGCCUCUACCCGUACAUCGACGCCCAGGGCCAUCUGGUCAACGGAGGGCUCCCUCAGAAGGCCAGCCUCACGCAGCACAAGGAGAAGCUCCCGGACAGCGUGACCUACUACAUCCGCGACAAGGCCGCCAAGGGCCUGGCCGUCAUCGACUGGGAGGAGUGGCGCCCGCUCUGGAUCCGCAACUGGAGCUCCAAGAAGGUCUACCAGAACCGCUCCAGCGAGAUGGUCCUGCAGAAGAACCCCACCAUGCCCCUGAUGAACGCCAAGAAGGUAGCUCAGCAGGAGUUUGAGAUGUCGGCGCGCCAGUUCAUGUUGGAGACUCUGCGCUACGUCAAGAGCCUCCGCCCGGGUCAGCUGUGGGGCUUCUAUCUCUUCCCGGACUGCUACAACCACGACUACCUCAACAGCCUGGAGAGCUACACGGGCCGCUGCCCGGACGUGGAGGUGGCGCGCAACGAGCAGCUGAGGUGGCUCUGGGGGGAGAGCACGGCGCUCUUCCCCUCCGUCUACAUGGGCUCCAAGCUGCGCUCCUCAGACCUGGCCCGACUCUUCGUGAGGAACCGGGUGCGAGAAGCCCUACGAUUGGCCCAGGGUCUGGAAGGGGAGGGGCCGUCGCGCCCGGUGUUUGUUUACGCCAGGCCCACCUAUGCCAACGAGCUGCAGCUGCUCACACAGAGUGAUCUGGUGUCCACCAUUGGAGAGAGCGUAGCGCUGGGAACAGCUGGCAUCAUACUGUGGGGCGACGCUGCUUUUGCAGGGAGCAAGGACAGCUGUGUUAGCCUGAGCGAGUAUUUGCGUGGGCCGCUGGGCAGCUACCUGCUCAACGUUUCCACGGCAGCAGAGCACUGCAGCAGGGCCCUUUGCGGGUGGCACGGACGAUGCCUGCGCAAAAUGCCAGACACAGACACCUACCUGCACCUCAGCCCAGAGGACCACAGCAUCGAGGAGAAGGACGGCCGGUUACAUGUGUUCAGGACGAGGGGCGAGGAGUUUAACACGGCGGAGGAGGCCAGGAGGUGGGGCCAAGACUUCAGGUGCCAGUGCUACACCGGGUACCAGGGGGAGGGCUGUGCCAUACAGGACCCCCAGCAACAGAGAGGGGCAGCGGCGGCCCUGGUGGGGGAGCAGAGAGGUGGGGUGCAGCGCCUGGUGCUCCUGUUGAUGCCCCUGUUCUUGGUGCUGCCACUGCUGCACUGAUGAUGACGAACCACUUUGGAAAGACACACACGCACACACGCAAGCGCACACACACAUACACGCACGCACACACACACACACACACACACACACACACACACACACACACACACACACACACACACACACACACACAAUUACCGGUAUGUGCCUUAUGUAUUAUAUACACUGAGAGAGACACAUAGAGGCACGCAGACACACACACACACACACACACACACACACACACACA